GUUUUGAGUUGAGGCAAGGCAUUGUUUUGCUUAUGAAAGUUUGGUAGAAUUUUUGUGUUUAUCUGCUUGUGAAUGUGCAUUAAGGGAUUUUGUUUUUGAUUGAGAUUGUGGCGAGGCAAUACGGAGCUCUAUGGGAAGUAGAACAUGUAGAUUGCAGGUCAUAAAAGAUGUCUCACUUUUAUCUAGGUGGAUAACUAUUGAUCUAUAUAUUCGAGAAGUUGAUAGCAUGAAAUUUGUACUAUCCAUGAAUAGGUGCAGCGAUAGCUUGUCAAAACUGGAGCAAGUUGCUUGCCCAUUUUGUGGUGUUUCAGUCUAUGAUAGGUCACUGCUCAGGUGCUUUUGGGGGUUUGGAAGCUAAUGGUAGAGUGAAAUCCAUACAACCAGGAUGGCUCCAUCAUUCCCUAAACCAAUCUGUAUGUCUAUACUCAGAGUUUCUAUGUUUGGUGGUUUUUAUUUAUGGGGUUCGGAAGCAAUUCACAAAGCAUUGUCUUAGGUUAAUUUCCUUUUAUCUGUUUGUUGUUUGUUUAUUACUAUAGAAAUGGCUUCUGAUAUAUGGCUUAGUCAUUCCUUAAACAGAAAUAUUAUAGCUAGCAGUUUUGUUUGCUUAUCAUUAUAGCUAGCUUAGUCAAACACACACCGUUCUUUCUUUGUCAUGACCUGAAUGAAUAUUUUGGUAC